AACUGUUUCUAACUCAUCUGGAACCUGUUUCUUUGUUCUGUUCCCAGGUGAUGCUAAAACGAUGUGAUCGGUUAUGAAAACUCUGUACCCCGACUGUUCGGGGCCGCACUCUUAUCAAGAGUGUUGGUCCCGAUCGGUCGGCCUUGCCUCUCAUUGUAAUAAACUUUGUUGUGACUGUCACUGGUGCCCGUAGCAUUCUGUUUCAGGAGUCGUGUGGAUGCAAUAAUUAGGACUGUUUCUCCACUGAUCAUCUGAAUUAUAAUCGCCUGGGAUGCUUUAUAAAACUCCAGGUUCUCCCAACUACUAGUAUCUUUCCCAAUCUCAGCGGUCUUGGUACGUCUAUUUCCACACUCACUGCGCUGGAUUGCAUAAUAAUGAACUCUUAUUUUGGCAGAUACUUCCUUCCAAUUAGACACUAGUGGAUUUUCACAAACUCUAGCUGACUUCAUACAGCGGCUUAGCGUGUCCAAGCGUCCAAUCUGAAUACCGCAAAGUUUCCAAUUGCAAUUGCUUCCCCUGGAGGUGGAGGGACUCCCGGCCGGACACGUGACUCUGGGGAGACGGCCUCGCUGUUCCGCAAUAAUCAGGAUGGCGGCUACGGUGACGCUGGAGCCCGCGGGCCGCUGCGCGUGGGACGAGCCCGUGCGCAUCACCGUGCGUGGCCUCUCCCCGGGACAGCCUGUCACGCUGCGCACGUCCCUGCGCGACGAGAAGGGCGCGCUCUUCCGGGCCCGCGCGCUGUACCAAGCGGACGCCGGCGGCCUCCUGGACCUGGCGCGCGCGCCCGCGCUGGGCGGCAGCUUCACGGGGCUCGAGCCCAUGGGGCUGCUCUGGGCCUUGGAGCCCGAGAAGCCUUUUUGGCGGUUUGUGAAGCGGGACGUGCAGACGCCCUUCGCGGUGGAGCUGGAGGUGCUCGAGGGCCACGAGCCCGACGCCGGGCGGCUCCUGGGCCGGGCGGUGCUGGAGCGCGACUUCCUGCGGCCGGGGAUGCUGCGGGCGCCGGUGCGCGCGGGCCGGGUGCGCGGCACGCUCUUCCUGCCGCCUGGACCUGGACCUUUCCCAGGGAUCAUUGACAUCUUUGGAAUUGGAGGGGGCCUGUUGGAAUACAGAGCCAGCCUUCUGGCUGGUCAUGGCUUUGCCACGUUGGCGCUAGCUUAUUAUAAUUUUGAAGAUCUUCCCGAGGAAUUGGAUAGCAUAGACCUGACCUACUUUGAAGAAGCCGUGUGCUACAUGCUUCAACACUCCCAGGUAAAGGGCCCAGGCAUUGGGCUUCUGGGCAUUUCUUUAGGGGCUGAUAUUUGUCUCUCCAUGGCCUCAUUUUUAAAGAACAUCUCAGCCACAGUUUCCAUCAAUGGAUCUGGGUUAAGUGGAAACAAACCUAUAUACUACAAGCAGACUUGCAUGCCUUCAUUGGGCUAUGAUCUGAGGAGAAUCAAGGUCACUUUCUCAGGCCUCCUGGACAUUGUGGAUAUACGGAAUGAUACUGUAGGAGGCUAUGAGAACCCCAGCAUGAUUCCAAUUGAGAAGGCCCAAGGGCCCAUCCUCUUCAUCGUGGGUCAGGAUGACCAUAACUGGAGGAGUGAGUUAUAUGCCCAAAUAGCCUCUGAACGGUUACAGGCCCAUGGAAAGGAAAAACUUAAGAUCAUCUCUUAUCCUGGGACUGGGCAUUACAUUGAGCCUCCUUACUUCCCCCUGUGCCCAGCUUCUGUGCAUAAAUUACUGAACAAACCUGUGCUCUGGGGUGGGGAGCCCAGGGCUCAUUCUAAGGCCCAGGAAGAUGCUUGGAAACAAAUUCUAACCUUUUUCUGCAAACAUCUUGGAGGUCCCCAGAAUAUAGCUUCUCCCAAAUUGUAAUGUGUUGGGUCUGUUGUCUACACGAGAAAUUCAAGGUCAGAUUCUGGUGUUUAAUAAUCAUAUGCGAAUUGGUU